CGGCCCCCGAGUGGCUCUAGCGCCGUGACACGCUGUGUUAGGCGGACAGGCCUGGUUAGGUUAGAGGUGGGGAGAGGGCUAGACGACACGUGUUUAACCCUCCUCCCCGCCUUGCUCUGCAGCCCUUUAAACUGCAUGGGGAGUGAGCUGCAAACCUGAGCUCUAGAUGAUGCUUAAAAAUUAGAUUGACUUAUGUGGCUCAGGGCUGUGAAAAAUGUCUUGCUUUGAGCGCCGUAGUUAGGCCGACGUAGCGCCCAGUGAAUUCUUCCAUCGAUGUAGGAAUUGCCUCUUGGCCCAGGUCUACACUACCUAUAACUACAUCGCCCAGGGGUGUGGAACGUUCACACCCCGGAGCGACACCGUUAUACUGACCUAAUUCCCACUGUGGGCAGCCCUGUGUGUAUGGGAGAGCGCCUCCCAUCUACAUAGCUACGACCUCUCCGGAGGUGGAGGACCUAUGCUGAUGGGAGAAGCUCUCCCGUUGGCCUAGGUAGCAUCUUUACCAUGCUCUACAACAGCACUACUGGAGCAAUAAUAGGGGAGCAACUGAUUCUGUGACUGCUUUUUAUUCAUAAACAUCUGAUGUUACAUUCAAAACAUCCAUUGGGAAAUACCCCUAAUCUUUUAUUGAAAACAACUUUGGGAAAUACCCCAUAGCUUUUAGUGACGCAUCACAAAAGUGAAAGUUGAAUCGUUCCAGGAACAUUAAUGUCGGACAAUGGAGAGAAUGGCGCAAAAGAAAUACCUUGCAGCAAAACUUAAAAAUUGUUUAAGAGAAGACAAAAUUCAGCUUUGGAAACCUCCAUACACAAAUGAAAAUAAAGAAGCUGGUCUGGAAUUGAAGGAGCUUGCGCAGAAAUAUUCAGCCAAGGUGAAGCUCAGUGAAAAUGAAACGGAGUGCAUUCUUGAAGAAAUAAGAUGUGAAGCAAUUGAGCGUGGAACAGGAAAUGACGCUUAUAAGACAACAGGGGUUGCAAAACUUGAAGUGGUUUUGCCUCCUAAGAUGAGAAAAACCAGAAAAAGCUUGCUGGAGACUAAAUUGAUCAUCACUGGCGAGGAACUAAGAUCCCAGAUUGCACAGAUGUAUGGAUUUCAAGAAAAAUGUAUCAAAAUAAUUAUAAAUAAGAAGCAGCUUGACCUUGGAAAAACACUUGAAGAGCAAGGUGUAACACACAAUGUAAAGGUCAUGGUGCUUGAGCUAAGACAGAGUGAGGAGGAUACCAAAAAAAAAGUUCAGGAAGAAGAAAUGCAACAUGAAGAAGAGACCAUGAAGGAAAAAGAAAGAAAGGAAAGGAUGAAAAGAACUAAAAAGGGUUUAGAAAUACUGGCAACGAGAGAGGAUUAUUUAGAUCCAGAUACCACUCCAUAUCUGGAUAUAGCUAACCAAACUGGAAGAUCUAUCAAGAUUCCUCAGCAAGCCAAAAAAUCCCUUCUGUUAGCUAUGGGUUAUCAUGAAAAAGGCAGAGCAUUCAUGAAGAAAAAAGAAUAUGCUGUAGCUCUGCCAUUCUUGCUGGAUGCUGAUAAACGCUUCUGUGAUUGUGGCAAUGAACUUCUGAAUACAGUUGAUAAUUAUGCAGUGUUGCAGUUGGAUAUAGUAUGGUGCUACUUCCGCCUGGGACAGCUGGAAUGCCUUGAUGAUGCAGAGAAAAAACUCGCCACAGCCCACAAGUGCUUCAAGAGGUGUUAUGGGGAAAACCACGAAAGACUUCUCACAAUAAAAGGAAGUUCUGGAAGUGAGAAAGUUUUAUUUCUAAGGCUUUACCUCCUUCAGGGAAUAGGAAACUAUCAUAAUGGCAAAGGAAAAGAGGCUUUUGAACUUCUUCAGAAGGCAAAUGGUUUGUAUCAAGAGCUCUCCAUAGAUCCUGAAAAAAUCAAUAAUUUGUUACUCCUGGGAUUCUCUGCUCAGGAAGCUCGUCUUGGUCUACGAGCUUGUUAUGGGAACCUGGAGGAGGCUGCCAGUCUUAUUACCAGCAGAAGAGAGGAAAAGGCACAAAUAAGGAGAGAGGAGAGAGCUAAGAGGAAGAGGAGAUUGGACGAUAUAAAUACCUUGAAAACUAUGGGCUAUUCAGAGCGAGCCGCUAAAAAAGCACUUCACCGGGCACAAGGAAACUUGGACCGAGCCUUUCAGAUUCUUCUUGAUGAACCUCAGUUACUCUUGCUAAAUGAUGAUGAUAAUGCUGAUCCUAUGGCUCCACACCAGUUUCAAGUUCCUAAGGAAAGUGUUGACCAAUUGAUGUACAUGGGUUUUAAUCGCGAGUCAGUGGAGGAAGCUCUGAAAGUCUUUCAGGGCAACAUCCAGUUAGCUGCACAAACGCUUGCUCAUUAUGGAGGAGUUCUUCCUGCUGAGUUGCAGCUGUCACCCGAACAGAGCACUCCAUCAGAAGAAUCCAUUUCGUCAAAAGAUUCUCCUACAGAGUCUGCAGGUACUUCUAGUUCAUCAACGGAUGAAGACAUGGAAACAGAUGUAGUCAAUGAAAUCUUAGAGGAUAUUCCAGAACACGAAGAAGAUUAUCUGGAUUUAACUCUGGAAGAGGAAGAACAAGUUAUUAAAGAAUACUUAACCUAUAUGCAUGAGGAACAACCCUGAAAUCUCAUUACUCACCAUUCAGUUACAUGAAAUUACUUUGGCUACCUAUCACAUUUUGGACUCUUGAGUUUGGAUUUAGAUACCUAUAUCCUCAAGCUUAUCUUUUGUCAAAUGCCUUACAUUCAGUUCAAUUAUAGAUGAAUUAUUUAAUUAUCAAUUAAUUACAACAGUGCUCAAAAUCUGCUUUUUUUUUGGUUUAUUAUAAUUUGUCAUAAUCAGCAUAAUGAUGAAGCAGAAACAAAUAUUUUUCUGAAAAACAUUGUUUAGUAGAGAGUUGAAUAUAUAUUUAUAUGGGUGUGAAAUUAGCCCAUUUAAUUAAUAUAGCAAAUAAAAGCAUUUUACAGCAUUUUGCAUCAUCUGUUUUAAAACAAAAUCUACAUUUCUAAAUCAGAAACCUAGUUAAUACAUUUAUAGAGCUGUCAGUUUACAAAACCAAUUUCCUUCUCUUUGAAGUACUGUUUUCCAAAAAUCACUUACAGAUCAGUUGUGUAUGAACUGAUGAUGUCUUUUCUUCUCUCUGUUCAUGUCAGAUGUUGCAACAGCGACUAAUACAAAUAAAACAUAUG